AGAUGCUCAUAUCUAACUUUCUAUUUCCGUGCAGAUAUAAUUGUAAAUAUUUACUCGAAAUUGCUAUAAAAAUCCGACAAAAAUAGUGUUAAAUGAGUCAAUAAAGUGUGGGUUCAACCUCCGCCCUCUUUUUGACAACAAAAUCAGGGUCAAAUGAACGAAAUUUGAGGUGCAAAGACGAGAAUCUAAUCCGCAAAGUGCGGAAGUGUUGGUACAAACACUUAAUUGUAUUUGUAAUUGUAAUCGUAAUUGCCCAAGUGCCAAAAAAGAGCUGCAAGUGCUGCAAGAGUUUAUAUUAAUAGGAGUACACAAUAACAAUGGGCGUAGCGAGACGACGCACGAAGAGCAAAAAGCAGCUGAGACGAUGACGACGGUCAAAUCCAAAUUCAUCAGCUUCUAAGGAUUUACGAAACAAGCUACAUUGGAACACUCACCACUGACACAGGCGAACAAAAGCACAAAAACGAGAUAAGAAAGUACCACCACCAAUUCAUGCCAAACCGAACGCACACGGAGCAGUUAUCAUCGGACCAGAGUCAGUAAGAGCCACUAAAUCGCACACAUACGAAUUAUGUGGCUGCGCCAGAGCAGUGGUGGGGGAGUUGCCUCCGCCGGACACGGCGGCCCACUCCGACAACGACCAAUCGAUGCAGCUACGGAUUGCGAUCCGCGCGCCUGCUACGACAGCUUCUGCAAGCACUGGCAGCAGGCCUUUGAGAUCAUCCAGCACAGCGCUCCUCCCUCACAUGACGAUGUACUUGGUGUGGUCUCCCACCUGGACUACAUGGUCACCCUGCUGCUUGUGGAACUGCAUCACUGCAACAAGGUCUCGCUGCCGGCGGCCGAGGCCAGUGGUCCGCCAGCGGCGCCGUGCCUGGAAUUCCUGCUCAGUGAGAAUCUACUGGACAAGUUGUAUGAGUGGGCCUGCACCACGGGACGAUAUGCAAACGCUGUGAGGCUGGAGCAGUUGAAGCUAUACGAACUUCUCGUUAGUCACUCGCGCCACCAGCUGCUCUGUCAUGAGCCUUUUCUGCGACCGUUGUUAAAGAUACUGGCUUCCAGCCAGGGCGAGAUCUUUCCGCCUGAUCUUGAGAAGCGCCUUGUUAUCCUUUUGAACCAACUGUGCGUGGUUCUAAUGCAGAAUGUUCAUUUGUUGGACCUAUUUUUCUUCUCCGCCCAGACGCAAGUUCAGGAGCAGAUUUUAAAUGGCAACGUGGCGCCUCCCAAAAGUGGAACCACAACAAAUUUUAUUAUCUUCUCACUCCUCAUACCGUACGUGCAUCGGGAAGGCAGUCUUGGCCACCAAGCCCGCGAUGCGUUGUUAUUAUGCAUGGCGCUUUCGCAGAAGAACUCCAACAUUGGAACCUACAUAGCCCAGUACUCCUCGAUCUGCCCACUGUUGGUGACUGGUUUGGGUGGUCUGUACUCGCGACUGCCGAACACUAUCGAAAUAAGCUCCAUUGAUUGGCACCGGAUAACGCCUGAUGAUGUGACAGAGAUUCCGGAGCUGACACUCUUCAUGAACGCACUCGAAUUCUGCAAUGCCGUUGUCCAGGUGGCCCACGAGAUGAUAAAACAGCAGCUGCUGGACUUUAUGUACCAGGGUUUCAUUGUGCCCGUGCUGGGACCUGCGAUCCUUCAGACACUGAAGGGCAAACAUUUUCAGACGAACAUCGACUCUCAAAUCUCUGCAAUGUCGUACCUAGACCUGAUUUUGCGUUCCAUCACCGAACCGGGACUUUUAAGGGCUUUCGUUCGCUUUCUGCUCGAUACGGACAAAUUUGAUGGGGAGAGGAUACUAGACGCUCUGGUCGAGCGCUUGAACUCACCCGAUGCCAAUCUAUGCAUGGUUACAAUGGCGCUGUUUGACACCCUGUUGGGAUUGCACUGCGAGGACCUAAUGCUGGAGUUACUACUCAAGUUCAUGCUGCCUGGCAAGCAUGUCCCUAUUUCACAUCGCCACAAGAUCAACAAGAUCGAUCCGUAUUUGAACAGCAGUGAGUUCUUCCUGGACCUCUCUCCCGAUGUGAUGAAGAGAGCGAGAGAUUUGGCCAGGCCCAAAAGUAUUCAUGAACCUGUCGUUGGGGAUCUUACACCGCUGCCCAGCCUUCCAUCUCCAGUUAUGAGCAAGACGAUUGGAGCUAACUGGAACUAUUACGGAGUGCACACGGGUGAUAGUUUGUACGCGAAUAUCCAGGCGUAUCUCUUCGAGGCCCACUGGCGGAUUGCCCAGUGUCAAAGGGAUUGUCUAAAGUGGGCAAACAGCUAUCGUUACCAAAAAUGGCCACGACAAGGUCAGGGAAGAGUUCACGUCCACGCCUUGGAACUGGCAAAGCAGUUCUUUAGUGAAUUCGGAGGAGGCGCUAUUAUUACCAGCGAAACGGGAGAGAAACAGCUGGAUAGCUUGCAAUCGAUUGGCGAGUCGAGCGGCUAUGAAUCCUUUAAGUGGCGACCGGCGGACGAGGAAAUCGAGGCCACUGAUACAACUUUGGCCACUACAGCCAGCGAAGCAGAUUUAGAGCACAACAGCAGUAGCAUAAGCAGUGUGCUGGGUGGAUCCAAUAGACGAGAGGCGUGGCGUAUAUCGCAGAACAACCGCAACGAGUUACUACUGACGGAUCUAGACUUCUCAGAAGAUUUGUUUGCUCAGGGCACCGUAAGCUUGGGUCCCUUUCUCAAUGCCAUUUGGGGCAAACUGCAAACCUUCACGAGCAACUCGCUGUACGUCAAUCUUCACUUAACCGGGCUGAUCACUCGUUUGGCCUGGUAUCCGCUGCCGUUGAUUCACUCGCUGCUGCUGCGGUCCGACAUAGCCAUCACCUCAGAUACACCCUCGUUUCACCAGGUUCUGCGCAUUCUCAAACAACAGAUAGAUGCAGAAUUGCCAGUGACAGAGGAUUCCCUAGAGAUCAUUGAUGUAGCACGUUCAUCGCUAAUUGAUAGGGAAUUCCGUUUGGCAAACGCGCGUAAGGGUAACGAGGGUUCACCAAUGCAUCACAAUCAGCAGCAACAGAUGGCAACGAAUUCCGGUCAGCAGCAGGGACAACUGCGGUCUGCCUACGCUACUCUUUCGGCAGCCACGCCAGUACAGGCUACACCAACCAGUGCCUAUGAUCCAUUCAAGCGAAGUGAUAACAAGAGGCGUAGUAUUAGCAAGUCCUUCGCCAGCAUGUUCAGCAGAAAGUCUGCCUCGUCGUCGACGGCGCCCCCCAAUGGUUCUUCCGCUUCAUCUGGCUUAUCACAAAUUUACGCAUUCCUCACCGGAGCUGCUUCGAAUAUUGUGGGAAAUAAUGCAAGUGUCGAGGGACGAGGCUUUUCCCAAGGACAGACAGUCGGCGGAACAUGCGAGACCAGUUUAAGUACCCAACCACAGUCAGGAGCAUCACGCACAGGAGCUACGACGACGUCGACUGCCACCUCUGGAAGCAACAGCAGCAUCGGCGGGUCCACUCAAACCCUCUCCGCCCAGUCGAACACCACAACACACUCGACGAGCACUCUGCACGGUCUGGAUGGAGGUCCGUCAACGAGUGGUUUCAACUCCGAGCCAGUGUCCCUCGAUUCCGUGGCCUCCAUGGGAAUCAUUGCAAGCACGAGUGGCACCGAGCGAUCGCGGGACUUGGCCUUGUGCGCUGUGCUCUUGGAUGAAUGGCUUAAGGAGCUGGCAGCCAUUGCGCAGGAGCAGAGCGUUGUGCUGGUCACGGAUCAAGCGUCUUUAUGAUCGCGUGGAACAGAUAGCGAAGCUGAAGACGAUACGGACGACUUGUGUAUACAUAUUUUAAGGAUUUGUUGGAAUUUGUUUGUUUUAACCAGCUACUCUUACGAAAUUAUUUCUUUUUACCUGUUAAAUUAUCAAUAUUUAUAUUUUAAACAACAAUUUUUAACGAACAAUGCCGCAAUUUUGAACAGAUUUACAGAUUAAUGCACACAAACUCAACAAAAACACUCAAACACUCGUUAACCAAGCUAAAUUUUAGGUUUAAAGAUUUAAGUGGAUUAGGAUGGGGAAUUUUAAGUGUUCAGAUGUAAACAAAUAUUCUAAUUAACAGCCGUAUGCAAGAUUUACACCCUUUUUAGAGAGAAUUAUAUAACACACAUACCAUGUAUACAUAUGUAUUUUUGCAAUAUAUUUUAUGCUUUUAUGUACAUACAUAUGAAAGAUCAAAUUACACAAGUAAUGUAAAGCAAA